UUGACCCAGGAAAGACAAUGGCAUGCCUCUCUCUUGGGUCUCUGCACCAUCUUCCUGCUUUUGGUCCUUGUCCAUUUGCUUUUUUGCCUUAAAGUCUACAGCUGUAGGUUACACUGGAUGUCAGCUUACAUUGUGAAAAAUGGACUGCAUGGGUAUUUUAAUUCUUGCCAUGCAACCUCACCCUACAAACUUAGCAGAACUUAGACCUGCAUACUGGCACCUAUUUUUCCCCAAGACAUUUUUCUUUUAUGUCUAAAAAUUGAAAGUACACCAGGUAUCCCUGAUAAUGUCCAAGAUUUUGUUCUCUCUGGGAUUUUCUCCUCUACAAAAAAUGCCCAAAACAAAACGAAAAAUCCCACAGAAACCUCCCACAAAAAUAAAAAAAAGAAGUCUGCAUCUCUUCUGGCUUACUUACUUCUGACCCUUGUCACAACAAACAACACAGAUAGGCUGAUUUUAUGAUUAUGUGGCCAAAUGAGUGCCUGCUCUGUUUCUCCAGGGAAAUUUAGUUAUUAGGAAAAGUGAAAUACUGUUUCAGACUUAUUUGCAAUAGAUGCAGGGAGCUGGCUCUUGUGUGCCCUUCCAAAAUAUUUGUGAUGCAUCUUAAGCAAUGGGUUUCUUUUUUGCUACUGACCCAGCAGUCCUGGAGGUCAGUGGGGAAUCUCUCUGCUUCCUCUUGAGACUGAGAUGCUUUUCUCUGUCCUGUGUGUUGCAGGGAGGUGUGUGGCACAGCCCAGCCUGGAGAUCUCCACCUGGAGAUUGCAAAUUACGUGGAAAACUUCCCUCUCCCUUUGCUCUACAUUUCACUCCUGUGGCUUGAUGACAUCUAGCAGGGCCCUUCCCUCUCUCGUUUUUAUGCCAAGCUUGGCAGUACUCAAGUGCCCUUCUUGGGCUGAAUUUUCUGCUGCAAAAUCUCAGUGGUUCUUCCCAGCUUUUAGCAAAUCUUUUCCCAGAUGCUUAACUUUGCCUUUAUUUCUUCACAGAGGAGAAGCUGAGAUCUUCUUUCCCACAGCAAGAUACUUUGUUUUUCUGGGGUAUUCCCUCAUAUAUCAUGUAUCAAAAAUCUAUCCAAGAGUGUCUUCUGCUGUUCCCCCUCCUUUUAGUUGAGAUCCCUUCUGGUGAUGCAGGCAAAGCACUGAGAAUGUUGUGAAGACCGAGACAAUGUUUUCAAAGCCUGGAGACUUGAAAAACCUAUUUUGAGCUAUAACACAUGCUACUGGACAUAUGGAACAGCUGAGGGGACUUACACCAGGACUAUAAAUGUUCUGCAGAUCUUUAUGUCCCUGACUCAGUGGGUGGGUUUCCUAUAGGAACCAAAAGCUGGGGAGAAGUGGAUACAAUGCAAAUCGCUAAUGUUCAUUACUUUCCUGCGGAACAUUUGCUACAGAGAAUUUGUAAUAGCAAAUCUUUGGUGGAAUAGGGCUCAUGGUAGCCAGAAAGGUAGCCUAAACAACAGCCCUGAUGUAGGAAGAAGGUCACACUGACCUGUGGCCACCUUUAGACUAGAGUUUUUAGAGAUCUAUAUAAAUUUGAGAAUCCCAGGCCAGUAUGUAAACUCUUUAUUGGUUUAUUGGUAUAUUUUACUAUCUGAAAUACUUUUGUCCUGAAGGAGGUCUGGAUUCUAUGCAGUCUGGCCUAGUCAAAAGUAAUCCCAUAGUCCCCUGUUCUUCACUUGUCUUCUUUGUCAUCUGCCUUCCUCUUCCUUCUGUUCUCCUCUCUAGCAGUCAGGUUUCACUAUUUAAUGCUUCAUUUCCCAGCAAACUUUGUUCCUCUGCACAUUUUUCCAAAUUCUAAAGCAGCCCUUCUUCUACUAGCACCACUGGCCCGAGCGCUGCAUGAGCCAUAGUAAUUGGUGUUGCCUGCAGGGACAUUUCAUAUUCCUCCCAUCUCUCCUGGUCCCAGCUUACAGCCAAGUGCUACACAACCAUUCUGUCUCCUUCUCCCAGCAGUCUUCAGCAAAGGGGCUGCAUGAUGCACAUUCACAUGCAGGCUUUGCAUGCUGCUUUGAAUUCAGGUAUGUUGCUCACAGAUCUCAUGCAGCACAAGGAGCUGGAGGAAGAUUAGCUUGUCUGUAUGCCAUGGGGCCUUUCUCUUCAUGCUUCAAAAUGCCUGGCUCAGCUGGCAGUCAAGCUGGACUCUAUUCUUCAACUGUGUCCACCCCCAAGUCCACUGCAGGGAAUUUUAUUUGCCUGAUUCACUGUUGGCUUACUAGCAAAAUAUCAUAGCAUCACUUAUCUUUCCCUCUCCACUUCAGAGUGGCACUGAUUGUACAUGGACAUGCCAACUAGUUUUUCCUGGUUUCUUCUUUGGUGCCUCCUGCCAUGUAAUCCCCAAUAUGUGUCCCCAACCUGUCAGAGUGGUGACACUGUCUGUGCCAACACAUGGUGAUCCCUGCUCCCAUUGCUGUUCCACAACACAACAGUUCCCUAAGUGCAGCUCUACAAUGCCAGCGAUGCAUCAUAUGCCAUGUACAAAGCUGCAGAGCACUGCAGUGUGUAUAACCUUCUGCAGGAUUGCAUUGCAGGCCUGACUGCUGAACCAAGACACUCCCAGUUUACCUCCUGCUCUGUUCUCCUCACCUCUGUGGAGAGGUAUUCAGUGGCUGUCAAGUUUUUCCUGGUCUCAGUCCAUCUGUGCAAUGGUCUCUAUGAUUUCACUGGGGACUCUGCAAAGUUGUACGGUCUUACACCAUCACACAGCCCUGUGUAAGCUCUUGCUUGCUCUCCCUCUGUUUCUGUGCAUGAGUUCUAUAUACAGUUAUAAAGGCAGCAGGAACAAGUCAUAGAAUCAUAAAACCUUAAGGCUGGGAAAGAACUGAUAUCAUUGAGUCCAACCUUCGACCAAACAGCACUGAUUGCUUAAACUUACCUCUCCUGUGUCCUAUUGCUUGAUUUUAGGGGACCUUAACAAAGGCACAUUAAUUGCAUCUCAGUACUAGAUCUGGUGAUAGUGUGCAAUCAAGUCUGUAUUUAGCCCAUGCCACCAACUAAUCAGAACAUUUCAGUUGGUAACUCACCCCACACUAGGUUCUUCCUAAAGAAGAUUUUCACAUACUGUGGAGAAAUCCCUGGCCCAGUGCAUUUUCAAUGAUUUGAGGUUCCAGCCACAAGUGGAGACUGGUAUCGAUGGAAGAAAGUAUGCCUUGAAUAUAGACCACCCUGGACUCAUAAGCAGCAUUGUCAUUGGGGACGUUGGAAAAGAAGGUAUUGAGAACAAGAGAUGGACCCUAAAAAGGAGAAAGAGGAUGAGGGGAUGUGAGAGGAGGAAGAGGAGAGGGUGAACCCUUGGUAAAAGGGAAAAAAUUGGAGGUAGAUUUCUUGCAGGGGGAGAUAAGGGGCUAUAGGCUGCCACUCAACUGCUGCAUUCAUAUUGGAGAGCCACAGUCCUCACCCCAGUUCCGUGCUGGAGCUGCAGCCAGCACAGACAGGGUCCUGUAGCUCUCACACACCAGAGUGCAGGGCAGAGGUCUCCAAUUUGCUGUGUUUUGACCCAGAGCCAGAAUUAGGAGGACAGCAGUCUGACAGCCCAGAGCUGUGUUGCACUGUGAUGCUUCAGCCCGAGUCAGUGUUAGUCUGAGCAUCUUUGAUGCAUGUUACUGCUCAGUGGAGACUGGUCCCAGGGCUGGGCAGUAAUUUUGGCCAGAGCUUGCUCCAUGUAGGUAGACAAAAAUGUUUUUUCAUGCUCUGUUAAUGGUCAUUCUAGUGCUGGUUCAAAAUUUUUUGAAUUUACAGCCUAGAGCAGCUGAAUUGUUCCUGUACUUAAAUUAGCUGAAGGCCAGCAAUCUUGAAACCUCUCCCGUGUUACCCUCUCUUCCUCUCCUCCCUUUGGCACUCCUCCACAGAAGGAGCAAAGUGCACAUGCCAUCUUUGUGAAGGAAAUCCUGGGUGAUUUGGGGGAAGGGCGAUGCUUCCUUCUUCUGUAGUGAUAAAAGGGAGUGAUUUGCAAGUAAAAGAAGAAGGAAGGACAAGAAGAAAAGGAAUGUAAGAGUAAAACCUAAUGUUUCCCCUUACCCAGCCUCUUCACUCAACAACACCCCACCUCUAAAGGCACUAAGAUCUAAAUACAAGGAAAAAAAAGUGUUGUGUGUCUCUGCAGUGCUGCUGAUGCCUUGCCAAGGAAGAGCCAGGAAGUUGCUUAGGUGGAGGAAGGUUUUGAGCCACAAUGGGGUGAAACACCAGCGUUUCCUUUCCAUUCUUAUUGUGCUCCAGCUGCUGGCAAGCACGGCUGUGCUUAGGUGGGAGUGGGAAAAGCAGAGCUGUUCGAGAGAGUUUGUUCAGGUUGUGUCCAUGCCAAAGGAGUGUAUUUGAACAGAGUCCCCUGGGGCAUGAACUGCUGAGCACCAGGCUCGGCCUGGCAGGAGUGAGUGCCAGAGGCAGAGCAAGAUUCCAUUACACAGGAUUGGCACAUCAGCCUUGGCGGGUGAUACACGCCUGAGGCAGAGGUAAAACUCCACAGAGAGAUGAGUUACAGUCUGAGCUCGCUGUUGCCCAGACACAAACAGGGAUGGCAGGAGCCCAGGGGAAGGAUGCAGGGGGUUUGUGCUGGUAGAGCAGGCCAGAGCGGCAGUUUGCUGGGUCAGCAACUCUGAGUUGGAAGAAAAAUUAUUCCUGCUCCCUGUCAGCACUUCAUGGAGAUUCAAAAUACAUUUCCCAGAACUGUCCCUACAUAUGUUAGCAAGAAGGCCACUGUUUGCAUAUUUUGCUGCAAGAAAGUGUGGCAACUGAUGUGACACUGAACGGUGAGCCUGGGUGGUGGAUGUCCUGAAGGGAAUGCUGUGAAGUACAGCGCUGAGGUUAUGCUUCCUGUCUCCGAGGAAGCUUGCAGAAAAGAGCCAGGACUGGAAGCUGGCUGAGUACCAGCCGCAGGGCUGAGGUCAUGUGCUGCAGUGCCCUUCGUUACUGCAUCCUCAUUGCAGGAACAGCGAGCUGGGAAAACUACAGUUCCCAUCACCCUUUUGUGCAUGAACCUGCGAAACUACAGUUCCCAGAACCUUUUAAUGAGCCAGAGAGGACGUCUGUGGAAAUAAACGCCGACGAUUUUUGCAUAACACCCUGCACCUCCGGAGUGCUGACUGGCCCAUGGUCUGUGAAAACGGGAACAGAGGAAAAGCCAGGGAGUGUCAGCUCUGCGGAGCUGUCGCUUUGCCCACCCCAAUAGCUGCAGUGAUAUCCUCCAGCGCCGAGAAACCUUCCUCCUCUCAGGACUCCCCUGGUAGUCACAGGGAAGAUCCUGGUUCCCGGGAAACACGGCUGCUGCGGAGGGAGAGGCAGAUAAACUACAGAUCCCGGCAUUCUCCGACAGGCAGCACCUGCGGCAGUCCCUGCACGCCGUGGGGGAGGUGGGGGUGAGGAUGAGGAUGGAGGGCAGGGAGGAGAUGCAGGACGCUGUGGGGCUACGCUGCACCUGGGACAUUCCGCCACCCGCUGGCACCCAGGCCAAGUGGGUGAGGCUCAAUGUGGGGGGCACCGUCUUCCUCACCACCAGGCAGACCCUGUGUCGGGAGCAGAAAUCUUUCCUGUGUCGUUUGUGCCAGGGCGAGGAGCUGCAGUCGGACCGGGAUGAAACUGGUGCAUACCUAAUAGAUCGGGACCCCACUUACUUUGGACCGAUUCUGAAUUUCCUCCGUCAUGGGAAGCUGGUCCUGGAUAAAGAUAUGGCUGAAGAGGGGAUCCUUGAAGAAGCCGAGUUCUAUAACAUUGGUCCUUUGAUCCGAAUAAUCAAGGAUCGAAUGGAGGAGAAGGACUACACAGUGACACAGGUACCUCCUAAGCAUGUCUACCGUGUGCUGCAGUGCCAGGAAGAGGAGCUCACUCAGAUGGUUUCCACUAUGUCAGAUGGAUGGCGCUUUGAGCAGCUUGUGAACAUUGGCUCAUCCUAUAAUUAUGGGAAUGAGGAUCAAACAGAAUUCCUGUGUGUGGUCUCCAAGGAGUUGUACAACUCCCCCAAUGGCCUGAGCUCUGAGCCCAGCCACAAAGCCAAGAACACAGAGGAGGACCUGGAGGAGGAAGAGCAGGAGGUGGAGGAGGAGGCAGAGGCAGAAGCAGAAGCAGAGGAGAAAGACUGUCCAUCUAUUCGGGAUUGUGCUAAACUCUCUUCCUGUGGACCCUCCCUUCUGCUCCCUUCCGUGUCCAUCCCAGCACUGUCAUCUACCUCCCACAUUGCCCCACUCGCCAGCCUCCAGCAUCCUUUCCUCUGCUCUCUUUGUCCCUCAGGGCUCAGAGUGGUCUCUGCCCAGGGCCCUGUUUCUCUCUGCUCCUCACUUUUCCUCCUCUGCAGGUAUGUUACCUGUCUGCACUCCCAGCUCCUGCCAGCCUGAGCUCUGCAUGAGUGACUCACUUCCCUCUUGUGGCUGUUACAAGCCAGAGAUCUGAGGAUGUGAUCUGAACACUCUGCUCCAGCCUUUUCAUUUUUUGUUUAUAUCUUUAUUUUUGUACUGCAGUGUAUGGCAGCCCCUUGUCCCACAGUGACGCCCCCGGCCCCCUUCACUCUUCACAUGCAGCCAUUUUUUUUUUACAAACUCAACUCGGAGGGCUGAGCUUCCAGCCCUGGAGGAGGGCAGAUGCUCCAUAGAGCUCCCGAGCUGCUGUAGGAGCGGGAGCCCACAGCCCCCUCCUAUGCCUGGCAGUUUGGCUUUCCUUAAUGUCACAGUGGCCCCUGGUGGGGACAUCAGCGACCAGCCACUGCAGCCUGCGGUCCCUUCCUGAGCACCCUGGAUGCAAUUGAGGACCGAGGUGGUGGCAGCUGUGGAAGAACCAGCCCUUGCCCUUUCACUGUUGCAGGCAACAGGUGUGGGCUUGUGGCCUGGGGACAAAUGCAGAGCCAUCGUCCUUUCCUGGGUCACCUGUAUCGCUCGGAGGUGUCCCUGUGCUGGGUAUCACGUUCCUUGGUGCCUCCCUCCCUGUCCCCCAAAGCAGCUCUGUGCCAGCAGUGUGAGGAGGAGAAUGAUGUGCUGCCUGUGUACCAGGAACAUGCUGGCAACCUGAUGUUGUGUCAGCCAGCACCAAGCAGAUCCCAGUUUUGGGGAGUGGGGUGUUUGCUUCACUGCUGUGUCUGAAGACUCCUGAAUAAAAUUCACAGUCUGUUCCUC